AUUUCUUUGUUUGCAUCACCUCUUAGAAACGUUGUCAUACUACAGCUGGCAAAUGCAGGAGAUUACAUUAACAUUUACAGCAGAGGCACUUGCGGUCUAAACUUUAUUACACAAAUUACAGGCUCCUCCUCAGACCCCUGCACCCGAUCAGCAUUCUUACCCUGGAGCAAUGCCUUUCAUCUCACCCUGUGAGUGUAUACACACCGCCCUCUAAACCCACGUAAUGGCUCUCUGUGUGUGAGGACAGAUGGGGGGGAAUCGAAAUGUACUCUGAAGCAGACAGCAGGCGAAUCAGCUAAGCCCCUUCUCUUUUUUUUCUAGAGGUUCAGAUUGGUAUCUGCCCAGGUGUGUGCAGUCAACUAAAGUAGGUACUGGUGGUAAGACGCGGCUCUUUAUGUCUUGAGCUCUUGCAGUUUUAAGUCUUAUUUUUGCAAAACGAGAAAAAAAGUGAAAGGAUUUCCAAGAGAGCUGUUCCAAAUGGGAAAAGUGCACACUCUACUGGCUUUUGCUCUGCAAAUAUUCUACUCCUGUCACGCAGCCUCCACUUUUUCCAAUGCCUUCUUCUACCAAGACAUCCUUAAUGGAAAUGGAAAUGGAGAAAUUCAUUUCAAUGGCAUCAAACUGCGGGUUGAGGCUCAGCCACACACUGUGUUUGCUGUGCGGGGCAGUAAUGUCACCCUGCCCUGUCGGUUCUGGUACGAGCCUUUAAUAAUCAGCCCACGGAGAGUGAGAGUGAAAUGGUCCUUGUUACCACUUUCCGGAGACCAAGAAUUCGAUGUACUCGUGUCUAUCGGUCAACGUCAAAGAAGCUUCGGAGCCUUCGAAAAUCGAGUGCAUCUUCAAAAGCAUGUCCAAGGAGACAUUUCACUCAUCAUCACCAACGUGAGCCUAAAGGACAGUGGACAGUAUCGCUGUGAGGUUAUUGAUGGAUUGGAGGAUGAGAGUGCAACAGUAGAUUUGAGACUCAGAGGUGUAGUGUUUCCAUACCAGCCGCAUCAUGGCCGCUACCGCCUAACUUUCAGGGAAGCUCAAAAAGCCUGUAAUGACCAAGAUGCUGCUGUUGCCACAUUCGAUCAGCUUUUUGCUGCCUGGCAGGAAGGGCUGGAUUGGUGUAACGCUGGCUGGCUGGCAGAUGGAACAGUGCAGUAUCCCAUUGUCCAGCCCAGACAGCCUUGUGGUGGCCUUGAGCUGGCUCCUGGGGUACGCAACUAUGGAGCAAGGCACAAGCAUAGAAACCACUAUGAUGUCUUCUGUUUUACCCCCACUGUUACUGGAGAAGUGUACUUCUUACAGCUUCCACAGAAGCUCAACUUUACCAUGGCAGUCCAGGCGUGUAUUGAAGAUGGCGCUCAAAUUGCCAAAGUUGGUCAGCUGUUUGCAGCAUGGAAGUUUUUGGAGUUGGAUCAAUGUGAUGCAGGAUGGCUGGCAGAUGGAAGUCUGCGCUACCCAGUCAGCAACCCUCGCCCAAACUGUGGCCCUCUGAAGUCUGGGGUCCGUAGCUUUGGCUUUCCUCAGCCCUACCACAAACAUAGUGUAUACUGCUAUAGAUCUAGGUAAAGGCUUUAUGAGACUUAGUACCUGUUGAAUGUUAAAUAAGUGGAACAACAGCGUUCUGUCGAAGUGUAUAUUUGAACAUUUCUAAGAAAUGUUCAAAUAUUACUUAGAUAACUUAGAUAGAAGGACAAAUUUAAUUAACACCUUAAACCUUGCACAUUGUCCAGAUAUAACUGAGAUUCUCCCUCAGAAUGAUUUGAAUGACUAAGGUCCAGGUUCAUGAGGUCAACUUUAAUUAUGUAAAAUUAUUCAAUGCCAUUUCAAUCCCCUCCUAAACAAAUUUUAGCUGCAGAAUGAUCAGACAAUCUAGUUAUUGAUCCCCGUAUGCUGAUGGAAUAUCUUUUUUCACACAUCUACAAUUUAAUUUUGGAUUUUGUAUUAUCCAUGAAGCAUUUGGAAACAAUACUUUUUUUCUCCACAAAGAUGUUUUCCACUUAAAAAAAUGACAAAGGUGCAUAGAUUGAGCCAUCAUAAUUUUCUCAUUAUUAAUCACAGAAAUUGUUAAAUAUUUCCAGUUGUGUUGGGUUAAAUAUUUCUGGCAAGCUCUUUUGAGUUGUUUGUUAUUAUGUUAGUGGACGUUCUAGAUAUUUAUGUUAUCUAUUUUAUCAUACCUUCUUUUUUUACGCACUACCUUUCUAGAUUUUAAUAUUUUUUGACUUUAAAAAAAAAAAAUGUAUAAUGUUUUAUAUCAAUACACAAAGGUGGUGGUUUAAUUAAAUGCAGAAACAUAAACAUGUCAUUUUUCUAAAAUAAUAUAUCGAAAUUGAACAUUUACAGGCAUAUUAAAAUGACUUCCUAAUAUAUACUUAAAUAUUUCAAAAGUCUGUUUCUGUUUCAUUAAAUACUGCCAUAAUGCUACACACGUACAGUAUGACCCAUUCUCACUUUCUCAGCCUGCACUAAUUAUGGAUCUGUUCUACUUCUUAAUGAAUCCUGUUACAUUAACAAUGAGAAAUCAAAUGUAGAUCAUCUCACUUGAGGUGGUUUUUCUGAAGCUGAAACUGUCCUACCAGUAGGGGUCUCAGAGUGUGAGUUUACCCUGUGAAUGUGGAGGAGCUCUAGGUAAGAGAGGAGAAAGGGCCUUGUGCAUAAGAGGAGUCCUAAAAGAGCCCAUUCAGUCAAAGGCCACCUAUACUCCACCCACUGUGCACACUGCAACGCCAGUGAUUUUGCAACUGUUGUAACUCCAGAGGUACUUACUGCUCCACUCCAAGGCCAGCUGCAUUUUUAGACUGGCCUGGACAAGGUCAAAACACUUUCCAUCACCUGUGAACUGUGAAUAAAGUCUUUGAAUAAAAAUCCAAAAAACAGGAUUGUGACUGUCUUUGCUUGUGAGUGCAGGUCAUUAUUUGAUACAAUACAUUAAAUCAUUGCUUUUAAAGUGAUGUGUGGAAUUUAUUUUAAUUUGGCAUU